AUUUGUCAGGAAUGACAUGGCAUUCAACAGAUCCAGAAAAGUUUGCUCUAGUUACAGGCCUGUGUGUUAUCUUCCUCGGUAUCACUGGAAUAGUCCUCAACCUCAGUACUCUCCUCUUCUUAAUACCAAUAUCCUCCCGGGUAUCACUGGACUAGUCCUCAACCUCAGUACUCUCCUCUUCUUCCUCAAAUACAACCACCGAGGAGAGAAGCACCGGAAGAGGUUCAGAAACCGUUCUAGUUAACAUGAGUGUAGUUGACAUCCUCCUCUCCCUAGCUGCUGCUACUAUCAGAGGACCUGGCUUCAUCUGGCCCAGUGUUAUCUACGGGGAGGCUACUACCCUAGGUACAGGCACUGUCAGAUGCACUUUCUUCAGUGUCAUCUCCUCCUGGCUCCUUAGUGAUCUCAACACCUUGGCUAUCAUCCCUAUAUCCUGCAUCUGUGUCUUCCUCCCUUCUGAAAAGCAGAUGAGAGGGAUUAUAGCAGCUGUCUGGUGUCUUCCUCUGAUUGAGCUUAUCCUCCUCAUCGUAGGAAUAGAGGGAGGGUACUUGAACUCUCACUACACCACCAGUUACCACAAGUGUUCUAUUCAUCUGGCUGAUGGGAAGAUGUUCAACUGGGAGAACUUGGUGGACUACUUCAACAUGAUCAUCUUCAAUAUCUUGCCUCUACUUAUACAUGUUGGUAUCUGGAGUGCGCUGUGUUUUAAGGAACCUCGCAUGACACGUGGUAAGCGUCUUUCUGGAGCGCUGGUUGUGACUACUGCUCUGGUAACCUGGUUACCUUAUGGGAUAGUCCAUGGUAUCUUACGCUACGAUACUUCUGAAGAAAAGUCACUUGUGUACAUAUUCUUCUACCUUUCUAUCGUUACUAAUCCUAUUAUUUACGGGUUCCUGAUGUACAAAUGUGAUAUUUUCCGGGAAGGUUGCUCAGAUUGCUGCUGUGGUGAAGAUUCUGAGGCUCAGCCGAGUUAUUCAGAGCCAGCUAGAGUUGUGGAGCCUAAAUCAUUCACUGAUAUCGUCAGUGCGACUCACUCCAUGACGGACACUGUUACUAGCCCUCUGUGUCAGGGCAGAGUUGCUAUUAUGGGAUCCUCAUCUUCUGCUGUUGUUGCUGACAAUUCCUCCCCUCCGAAUACAGCUAGUGCAACAACCACCAAGGUGAAACCUGAUAAGCUAAAUGUUUAGCAAAAGAUUAAAUAAACCAUGUGCAAGAAAAACUGAAGAUAAAAAGGUCCAGUUGUUAAAUUUACAUUUAAAAUAAUUAACUCUUUUUUAGCAUGAAAUAAAUCUUGUACUUAGUUUUAUCUAAUUUUAAACUGUUAAUAAGUUCUUAAUUAGCUAGAUAUUUUACAAGUUUGGGGAUAUUAUCGUAUUUUAGACAUUUUAAUUUCAUUUAUUUCCUGUGAUUAAUUUGUUCAUAUUUUAUUUGUAAUCUAUUCUAAUUACUG